AUGUUCCAAGCAUUUGUUCUUUUCGCUACCCUUCCUUAUCUUUGCCACUGCCUUUUUGGUAUCGGUAGACUGCAGUCAAUUGCAGUUAAGGGCAAACUCGUAUGCCACAACACCCCAGCAUCAAAGGUCAAAGUGAAACUCUAUGAAGAAGAAAAAAUUCUCGACAAGAAGCUGGAUCAAUCGCGAACGGACUCCGACGGAAAGUUUUAUCUAUCGGGAUCGAAGCGAGAGAUUAGCAGAAUCGAUCCAAAAGUCAACAUAUACCACAAGUGUGGUUACAGUGGGGUAAGCCGCCGUGGAAGCAUUUACCCAUAA